CCUCGAUCUCCCUUUCUCUCCCUCUCUCUCGUAGAAGUGUGGUGGGAGACAACGACGCUGGCGAGCGCCGGUGGCAAAUGACGAGAUCCGGUGCUCCGCGAUCGUAAUAUCUUUCCUGAGCUCCUCCACAGCCCUCUCCUGGUCUCGCGAGAGAAGGCACUUGCUGCCGCCGUGUGAGGUGGAAGGCGAGGAAAGGCUUCGUUAAGGUUCGGAAAUUUGAACAUAGCCAUGAAUUUUCUCAUACGAGCUGCCCAUCCUGUAGUUCCUGAGGUGUCCAAUGUUGCAGAGACUGAGAAUCACAAGGGUGUAACACCUAUUUCAAGACAAACUUCUACUUUGGAGGGCCUUAUUGCAGAAGACCCAUUUCAAAGUCCUUCUACAGGGGAUGAUGCUGAUACAGACAGUGAUGUAAUUACUGACGUAGGUAGCUCAACACCAGCUCCAACUUCCAAAAACCAAGGAAACCAUACUGAUGUAUUAGAAGACGAUGGUUGGAUAACAAUUCCAUAUAAGGAGCUUCCAGACAAUUGGACUGAUGCAGCAGAUAUUCAACAGCUGAGGUCCUUGGACCGUUCAUUCAUUUUUCCUGGUGAGCAUAUGCAUAUACUGGUUUGCCUGUCAGCAUGGAAACAGGAGUCUGAAAUCAUAACUCCAUUUAGAGUUGCUGCCGCAAUGUCUAGAAAUGGUAAAUCCAGCUCAAAUAAAAAGCAACAUAUUGAAACUCUAGGGAAGCCAUCUAGUCCAGUCAGUCUGAAUGGGAUUGUAAGUAGCAUACCUGAAGAAACCGUCGACCAAAAUGCGGAAAACAAUAGUGAAACCCUUUCAUCUGCAAGUGAUUUGAGUCCUAAAGAUGAUAUUUCUGCAACUGAGUCUCUCCUCCGUAUGGAGUCACAUAAACAGCAAACUGAGAUUAUACUUGAAAGUUUUAAAAAUUCAAAUUUCUUCAUCAGAAUCAUCGAGUCAGAUGAACAACUUUGGUCUAGAAGAAAUGACCCUUCUGCCAUGAAUUCUGAGGUAGUAGGGAGAAGAAGCCACCCUAAUAAUGGAUCAAAAAAGGUCCCAAAGAGCAAUGUUUUCAGUGCAGUAGUUGAUAAGGGUAGUUUUGAUGGCAACGCAUCUGGUGGAGUAGCUAGAGAUACUGUCAAAUGCUAUUCUUUGUCCAAUGGUGACAUAGUGGUUCUUUUAGAAGUUAAUGUUGGAGUGAACAAUUUAAAAGAUCCUGUCCUUGAGGUUAUUCAAUUUGAGAAAUACCAAUCUAGUAAUUCUGCUUUCGAAGACCAUAACAAUCUGCUGGUUCCAAAUAUUGACGAUCCAUGUCGGGAGCUGCUUAAUUGGUUGAUUCCUUUGGAUCGCACAUUACCUUCUUCUCGUCCACUCUCACCUCCAUUAACAUCAAGCGUAUCACAAAAGUCAGCAUAUCCUGCUUCUGGGUCGCAAAUUUUUUCUUUUGGUCACUUCAGAAGCUACUCCAUGCCUUCAUUUCCUCAAAUUACAGGACCACCUGCCUCUAUAACUUCAUUUUCUAGCUCAAAACCUGCUUUUGAUCUUGAAGAUUUUGAUCGCUUGUCACAAGAGAAGCUCAUGAAAAAUCAAGAUACAAGAAAUGAGGGGCUUUUAUCAUUUCGAGGUGUCGCACUGGAGCCACAACGUUUUUCUGCACACUGUGGCUUAGAAGGCAUAUAUUUACCUGGCAGGAGGUGGCAACGAAAGCUUGAAAUUAUACAACCAGUUGAAAUCCAUUCUUUUGCUACUGAAUGCAAUACAGAGGAUCUCCUUUGUGUUCAAAUAAAGAACGUGUCUCCAGCUCAUAUACCAGAAAUAAUUAUAUUCUUGGAUGCCAUAGCUAUUGUCUCUGAGGAGGAGGCAUCAAAAUGUGGUCCACCUCUAUUGCUGCCAAUUGCAAGCAUUGAGACAGGAAAUGGCCAUAGCUUACCAGAUCUUCCCCUCAGGAGAGGUGAAGAACAUUCUUUUAUUCUCAAGUUGGCAACUACAGCAAACAAAGAUCAUAAGGGCAACAAUGAGGCAAUUCCAUAUUCAAGAACAGGUGCAGCUGCAUCAAAUACACAUAAGAUGUCAAGUAUUAGUGAAGGGGUGACAGUUUUUUCCCCUGUAAAUCAAUUUGCCAUCUUGGUAUCUUGUCGUUGCAACUAUACAGAGUCAAAAUUGUUCUUCAAGCAUAUAACAGAUUGGCAACCACGUAUUGCAAGGGAUCUUAUGAUCUCCAUAACAUCAGAGUCUCAUCAGCAAACCGGUAGUCCUAAUGUAAGAGCACCUCAACUUCCUGUCAAGGUCUUAACCCUUAAAGCUACAAAUUUAUCAUCUGAAGAUCUUACAUUUACUGUUCUUGCUCCGGAAACAUCUUCCUCUCCUUCAGUUUUGUCAUUGAGCUCAACACCAAAAGCCCCAAUGAACUCAUAUGCUGCUUUUCAUGAUUAUGUGCCAAGAAUUAGGGACAAGAGUGAAAGCAUUGUUCAGAGCCAGAGUUCAGUACAUAUUGCAACAAAAUCUCAGAAUGAGAGCCAACAGACUGCUAUAAAGUCUGAUGUAAUUUCAAGAAACAGCUCAGGCCUUACACAUCUAUGGUUGCAGAGUGCUGUCCCCCUUGGAUGUAUUCCUGCACGUUCAAGUGCCACAGUCAAGCUUGAGCUACUCCCUUUGACCGAUGGGAUAAUUACACUUGAUACUCUGCAGAUAGCUGUUAAGGAGAAAGGUUUGACAUUCAUACCAGAGCAUUCUUUGAUGAUCCAUGCAACUUCCAGUAUUGCAACUGGAAUCUCAUAGAGCAUGUCAAACUUCUGCCAACCAUGAUUUGAUAGUGACAAACAUCAUGGUGGAUCAAGUUGUUGCCUGCUAAAAUUCGGUAUGAAACAGGAUGAUGGAGGUUAUAUCCACAAGUUCUCAUUCAAGAAUAAAUAGCUCUACUAUCAUCGUUUCUGGAACAGAAGCCAAAAUUGUGCCUCGCUUUUCCUGUUGAUACUUCCAUUUUAAGUUGCUGAACCAGUGCUCAAAUUUUGCAACCUGCUUUAUGCAUUUUGUUGUUGUACGCACCUUAGCACCUCAUUUUUGCUUCCACAUCAAAGAAUAAGAGAGGAAAAACCACAGGAAUUUUUUUGGUUAAAUAUCACUCAAUUUGUCACUUCUGUAAAUGACUCUGAAUAUUAGUUCAGUAUCUUAUUGCUUUCUUUCU